CCAAACCAGUCCCAACCCCACCCUUCCUUUUUUUCUCACUUUCGUCUGCUCCUACACACACCCACCACUAACAGAUAUUACUUUACUUUCAUUUAUAUCACUCUCCUCCUCAAGUGCCCCUAACCCCCCCUUCCCCCACACACACCAUUAUUGUUUGUACAGAAAAAAGAAAACCCAAAAACCAAAAGUACAAACCCACAAGGCCGAAGGCCUGUUCUCUCUUCCAAUGUCCCCAGCAAACCCACCGCGCUUCACCAUCUUCCGCUGCCGCUCCACUCCCUUCUCCCCCUUCCCGCCCAUACCCGACCCGGCCCCGUCCCCAGUCCAGUCGUCAUUCCUCCCAACCCGAACUCCAUAUCCCCCUGCUGCUACAAUCCCUGCAUUCCCAGAACAAUCUGACAUAGCCGGGUGCCCGCUCCACCUCCCAAAUGAGCUCUUUCACGGCAUAAAGUCCGCAUGCUCCGCCACAAAAGGCGACUCCUUAGGGAAGCUGCAGCACAGCAGGUGCUGCCCUGUGCUUGCGGCGUGGCUUUAUGAUGCCUACUCUGCCACCGCCCUCGGCGGAGGCGGCAAAGUGGGCCCAGCAGCGGCGGGGCACACGCAAACCCACAUUGACCCGCCAUUGCUGCCAGAUGACUCAGAAACUUGCGUUCAGGACCUGGGCGAGGCGCUGAAAACCAGAGGAAUAGAACUGAUCAAGCCAAAUGAGACGUGUGAUGUGGUGUAUUGUUAUUGUGGGAUAAGAUUGCACCCUUUGAGUUGUCCUGAGGCAUUUUCAGUGAACCAAAGGGGGAAACUUGUUGGGGAUGCGAGCGUGAAGCGGUUGGAGAGAAAUUGCUUGAGCAGCAGUGGAUUUCCGGGUCUUGGUGGCUGCUCCAAAUGCUUAAAAAGCCUCCACCUUCUUAACAAGAAGAAGACUUUCAAUUCAAGCAAAUUAGAGGACAGGACCACCAAAAUGCACAACAAAGAUUGUCAGCUGAUGGGUCUCACAUGGCUACUUGCUAAGAAUCGAACGGCUUACAUCCACACAGUUACAUCUGUGUUCCGGGCCAUCAUGUUAAGCGCCGAUGGCUCCGAUCCUCAAUCAUGCACUCUCAACAGUGAUGGAAUGCCUCUAGCCGUCGAUUCUUCUGAAAUAUCUGAUAAUUCCUCAUCCAGUAUCCUUGCAGCUUCCAUCUCUCUCUGCGUCAUGUCACUUUCUUUGUUAUUUGUGCAGCUUACCCUAUGCUCCAUCCAAAGUUAGUUCAGGGCUAAGCAGGUUGCUGUUCAAAAAUUUGUGAACCGUGGUCCAUCAGAUUUGUGUAUUCUUUUGUACUCUGUAACUGUUCUACGUUUUAUGACAUGACCAAUUGCUUGCCCUAUGCAUUGGAUA